AUGAUAGAAAACAAAAGGGAGAUGGAGAUUAGUGAGGAUGUUGUGUUGUAUUCAGCUGACCGCUUAGCUCCCAAUCACAAUCGUUCACAAGGACGAGAACUCCAGAGGUUAUGGUGCUCCUGCAACUGUGACUACGGUAGAGAGUAUGUUGAUGGAAGUGGUUUACAAUAUGGUGGAACCAGAACUGGGUGUAGAAGCAGGAGGUUAGAUGAAGAAGGUGAAAUUCAUGACCUUAUUUGCGAUGCAGAAUCAUGGUGGAGUAAGUGGUUUAGUGUUAUCAGACCGUGGAAGGCAAGUGACAUUGACAACAAACAGAUUUCUUGGAUUUGCAUUCACGGUGUUCUGUCCCACGUGCGGCGUGUAGAGUUCUUUGAAGCUUUGGUUGGUUCUUUUGGGACGUACAUUUGUUCUGAUGACAACGUUCGAAGCUUUUAA